GAGCUGGCGGCCAUAGCUUCACGGGGCCACACUCGGGUUUGGGGUAGUUUUUUGCCCUGGUUCGCCGCGUCCUUCCGGACUCGGUCUGGCCAGCCCCAGGUCCGGCCUCCGGGAGGGGGAGAGGUCGGCACUGGGCGGACGGCCGCUCUGGCCGUGCCCCCUGCCUCAGCCGGAACCCAGCACCAGGGGCCCCCUCUGCCGCGGCUGGUUCCAAACUCACUGAGUCAGGAGCUGUGGGCUGCGUCUAGCAGCGGGGGUGAGUCGGCUGCAGGCUAGAGUUAGCGAACCACCUUCCUCUGUAGUCGGCCUUCCAAAGCAUCCUCUGCUGUCUUUUCGGAAAGUAAAAGCAUCCCUGUCAUUCGGUCACGGGGACGAGCGCCUCCACCUCGUCUGUACGCUGGUCAGUGGAUUUCGGCGUGUUCGGUGAGCGCGGGAUGACGUUUGCCUCUACUCGGUUCCCAUCUCCCCUCCUGGUGCAGAUCUUUCAUCCGUGAAUUUUACCUUGCCUGUGGGCAUCAGUUUGAUACAUUUUAUUCAGCUCUAACCUCUCAGUUCUCUGACUUUUUUCAUGAAGGGAACAUGGAAGAAGAAAGAGGAGCUGCUGAGUUACAGAAAAAUAUGACACAGGACUCCGUGGUCUUUGAGGAUGUGGCUGUGGACUUCACCCAGGAGGAGUGGGCUCUGCUGGAUCUGGCUCAGAGGAGCCUCUACAGAGAUGUGAUGCUGGAAAACUUUCAGAACCUGGCCUCACUAGGGUAUCCACUACACACACCAUAUCUGAUCUCCCAGUGGAAACAAGAGGAGGACCUGGAGACAGUGGAAGGAGGACCUGUCCAGGGGGAGCACCAGGAAGGUUUUGAGAUUCAGCUUAAAACCAGUGAAUCAGUAGCUCCACAAGAUAUUUAUGGGCAAGAAAUAUCCAAUGAACAGAAAAUAGUGAGAUUCAAAAGGAAUGAUUCUCACUCAUCCAUUUUACACAAAAACUGGGAAUACCAGGGUAUUUGUCAUCAGAACAAAAACCAUGAGAGACAUUUGAGAAGUCCAGUUGCGGAGAACAUCUAUGAAUGCAAUGAAGAGAAUUGGUGUGGACAAGCCUUGGGCCAAAUUUCACAUCCGAAUGUACUCAAGAGAACUACUGAAGUAAAGUCCUAUGAAUGCCAUGAGUGUAAAAAGGCCUUCAUGGAUCAUUUGUCCCUUAAGAAUCACAUCAGGUCUCACACUGGAAGCAAACCCUAUCAGUGUAAAGAAUGUGGGAAAGCUUUCCAUUUUCUUGCUUGUUUUAAGAAGCAUGUGAAAAAUCCCACCGAAGGGAAACCCUAUGAAUGUAAAGAAUGUACAAAAGCCUUUCGUUGUUCUUCCUUCUUUAGGGCACAUAUGAAGAUUCACACUGGAAAGAUGAACUUCGAAUGUAAGGAAUGUGGAAAAACCUUUAGCUGUUCUUCGUCCCUGACAGAACACAAAAGGAUUCACAGUGGGGAUAAGCCUUAUGAAUGUAGGGAAUGCGGGAAGGCGUUUAGUUGUUCCUCCUCACUCUCCAAACAUAAAAGAAUUCACAGCGGAGACAAGCCAUAUGAAUGUAAGGACUGUGGGAAGGCCUUUAGUUCUUCCUCUCACCUCAUAAUACAUAUACGAAUUCACACCGGAGAGAAGCCUUACGAGUGUAAAGAGUGUGGGAAGGCCUUCAGUGAAUCCUCAAAACUCACUGUACAUGUCAGAACACACACAGGCGAGAAACCCUAUAAAUGUAAGGAAUGUGGGAAAGCCUACAACUGUCCCUCCUCCUUAAGUAUCCAUAUGAGAAAACACACUGGAGAGAAACCCUAUGAAUGUCUGGAAUGUGGAAAAGCCUUCUAUCUUCCCACUUCCCUUAAUACGCACGUGAAAAAUCAAAGUAGGGAGAAACCCUAUGAAUGUAAGGAAUGUGGAAAAGCCUUUAGUUGUCCGUCAUCCUUCAGAGCACACGUGAGAGAUCACACUGGGAAGAUACAAUAUGAAUGUAAGGAAUGUGGGAAGGCCUUCAGCCGUUCCUCGUCCCUCACUGAACACUUAAGAACUCACACUGGAGAGAAGCCUUACGAGUGUAAAGAAUGUGGGAAAGCCUUUAUUAGUUCUUCCCACCUGACAGUUCAUAUACGAACUCACACUGGAGAGAAACCUUAUGAAUGUAAGAAAUGUGGCAAAGCCUUUAUUUACCCCUCAGCUCUGAGGAUCCACAUGAGAACACAUACUGGGGAGAAACCAUAUGAAUGUAAGGAAUGUGGGAAAGCCUUUCGCCAUUCUUCAUACCUUACUGUCCAUGCAAGGAUGCACACGGGAGAGAAACCCUUCGAAUGUCUGGAAUGUGGGAAGGCCUUCAGUUGUCCCUCAUCCUUUCGAAGACAUGUAAGAAGCCACACUGGAGAGAAACCAUAUGAAUGUAAGGAAUGUGGGAAAGCCUUCGUGUGUCCUGCCUACUUUCGAAGACAUGUGAAAACUCACUCUAGGGAAAAUGUGUAAAUGGUAAGAAAUGUGGGAAUGUCUGCAAGGCGUUUUCACCUCGUAGCAUAGCUGGAACGUUGUGGAGAUGCACCGUGAAUGUAAGAAAGCAAAAAAGUGUUGCUUAUCUGUUUGAUGACUUGAGAACUCAUAGCUGAGAGAAACCCGUGUCCGUACACCCUGUUGGAAUGCCUUUGUGAAUGUCACUUCCGGUGUAUAAGAAAAUUCACAAGAGAAGCACAGAUCAGGACCUCACUUGUAAAGUGGACUGCUGGCUCACUGAUAGUCAGUUUCCGUUUUUUGAUAUGAAUUAUUUCAGGUGAUAAAUUUUCCUCUAAUACCUUUUUAGCUCUAACCACAUUUUAUUACAGGUACCUUUAUUUCAGCCGAGAUAUAAACGUUCUUUAUGUUACAGAAUCUUUUGGACCCACAGGGGGUUUAAGGUGUUUUUCAUCAGGCAGGGGUGGUUUUUUAAAAAAAAUUAAUAUCUAAUUAAUGCUCAUUGUUCCCCAGGUGUGCAGUCAUAAUGGUAUCAACGCUUUGGUAUUUGUAAUUUCUUUUGUGAUUUUUUUUUCUUGUAAUUGGUAAUUUCAUUUUGAUCUAGUAUGGGAGAUACUGGAAAUUGCCUACCCAAUAUUUUUUUAUUUUUUUUUUAAAGUAAAAGAACCUAAAGUUUUUGAAAUUAUCAGUUUUUACUAUUAAAACCUUUUCCUGUCUAGUAAGUCAUUUCAACAAAUUAAUAAGUGCAAAGAUCUCGAAAGAGAGUCGUAUCUAAUACGUUGUUUUUGUAUUUUGUUCUUUGUCCUUGUUAGUGGCUGGGAAUUGGACCCAGUGUUUUGAGUUUAAAAAGGGACCUUGUGACAAGAAAGCUAGAAGUAAAGUUAGUUGAGCUGGCUUAUGUAUGUUAGUUUGGACAUGGUUGGGACUCCAUUUCUUAGAAUCAUUUCCUUAUCCAGUCCCAGGUUAGAGUUGUCUGAAACAGAGAGCUUGCAUGAGAAUUGGAAGGCAGCGGGAAGAAGCUAUUAUCCUUCAUUUAGUGGGGCCACAGGAUGGAGACACACAUAGGGGCCUGGUGGGCUUCUGUGUCCAGCUCGUUUUCACCAGUCAAUACUGGCUUGAAACAGAACAUUAAAUGCUUUAACCUCAGUAACAUCAGAGGCAGCAGCUCCGUAGACCUCUCUGUCAGUUCCCCGGUCAGUUCCCCCGUCACGGUCAUACACAGCUUCUUAGGUUCUCUGGCAAGUUCCGGCAUUGUCAUUUUGCUGAUAGGACAGCCCCUCUGGCAUGUCAGCUGGCUCUGUAGAGGGGCCCGAGUUCAGAGCAGGAUUGUUAAUCUGUGUCGUGCAAGCCCAUCACGUCACUUUGCUGCAGGGCACAGACAUCUCUGCAAGUCCUCUGGUAUCUCGAGCAAGAAGGGCUGUGGACGGUAAGGAAAAUUAGGUACCAGGACAUCAUCCUGUUUUCGUGGAGGAAGGUUUACAUUUGACACCUUCCAACAGAUUUUUCUGCUCUUCUAUUUGAGAAAGAUGAAAACUAAUUGGUUUGUGCUUCUUCUGUACAUCUAGCUGCACUUUCCCCUUCCCAUCAUAUUUCCCCUUUAUCCCUUAUCAUUUUCUGCUGUUUCAGUAAAGCAAAAAUACACUAAUAUGCACAUGUGCUAAUCUUUAGUGUACAGCUUGAUGAAAUUUCACUUACGUACACACCCCGAUAAACAGAGGUUCUCAGGAUUCAAGAAAGCUUAUUUAUCUACCUUCUCAAUAAUUGUCCCACAGAGGAAACCACAGUUUGACUUUUAUUCAGUUUAUUAGGUUUGUUUCUUCUUGAUCCUCUUGGUCUUUAUCUGAGUGCUUAAACACAAUGUGUACAAUUAUGUGUUUGGCUUCUUUUCUCAGCAUGAUGUCUGGUUUGCCUUUUAAUUGCUCUUUUUUUUUAAUACUUAAAUUUAAAAAAAAUUUUUAAUAAACAUAUAAUGUAUUAUUAGCCCCAGGGGUACAGGUCUGUGAAUCACCAG